AUAUUUUUGUGCUAUAUUUUCUUUACUGAAAACUGACAUUUUAAAAUGCUGCAUAAAAUUGUUUUACAAAAGUUUAAGUUACAUAAAAACGAUCUUUGUUUUUGGAGAACAGGCUUGAGUGUUAAAUUCAUUACAGUAUAGAAAUGGCAGAUGAUAAUGAAGCGGCUCCUCUCCUGCUAAAAAUACCUUGGGUUGAUGUUCUUUUUUGUCACGUGUUUACCAGACUGAGCCCUCGAGACUUGUUUAACUUGAGAGCUGUCAAUAAGGAAAUGAAAUUCCUGGUCUCUGAAUAUUUCAAAGUAAAUAGAAUUCUAGAUUUUUCACAGGUUUCACGUUGUAUGACCUUACAGGCUUUCAGAAUUUAUACCAAAGAUUCUCACUGCUUGAGGAUUAUUGACUUGAGCUAUUGCAAAUGGCUGAAUAGCAGCACUUUGAAUCCUGUUUUGGAAUCUAACAAAAAUCUUUUUCAUUUGAAUAUCAGCAGUUGCAUUUCAGUCUCUAAUAGCUCACUGCAAGUAUUAGCAAAUAAUGCAUCUGAACUGAAAGUAUUGGAUUUGAGCAACUGUCACUGGCUUAGUUCUGGAGCUGUAGUUUCUAUAGCCCUUAACUGUCAUAAUCUUGAAUUCAUUGACUUAACUAGCUGUUGGGAGGUGACUGAUGAAGCAGUUUGUGAACUGGUGCUCAAUUGUCCAAGAUUAAAAAGCUUAUCAGUAUCUCGUAUUUAUGGAAUCACGGAUAAGAGCCUAGUGGUUAUUGCUCAUAAACUAAAUUGUCUUGAAAAUCUGAAUUUGGCAGGUUGUUGGAGAAUAACUGAUUAUGGCAUCAGGCUUGUUGGAGAAUACUGCAGACAGCUUAAAGCCUUGAAAGUUGAAGACUGUAGAGGUGUAACGGAAUUUAGUCUCAUUAAUUUGCGUUCUCGAAUGUACAUUGACAGAAUAAGUAGCAGUUUAUGUGUUCGAUUGCCUAGGCUGCCUUUGCAGAUUUAAUUUGGAGAAGAAACAAUGCUUUCUGAUGUGAUAAAUAUUUUCUUUUCUAUUUAAAACUGAAUUGGAUAAUUAUAUUUGUUAGAGGAAAGUUCAGUAUCUGUGAUAUUUUGUUGAUUCUGAAAGACUUUUAUUUGAUGUUUUCUAGUUUUGUUUGAAUUUUGUUUAAGUUAUUAAGAAUGUUUUGAUGGAAAAAUGAGUUUUAUGUGUCUUGAUAUAUAUAUAUAUUUGUUGAGCUCUUUGUUAAUUAUAUGUAUAUUUUGAUUUUUAUUGCAUUCUUUAGCUUUAAUUAAUUGCAGUAUUUUGCAUUUUGUAUCCUAAACUAUGAAAUUUAUUCUUUAGUUGGUUGUACUUAAUAAAUGUGUUAAUUUUGCUGUAAAGUAUCAAUAUAAUACUAUUUCUUCAAAUAUAUUUAUAUUUUUCACUUUUUCUUUGAGAUAAUAUUUAG